GUGAAACCAUUUGAAUGCUCAGAGUGUGGGAAGAGAUUCAGUCAACAUGGCCAUCUUCAACAGCAUCAGAGAAUCCACACAGGUGAGAAACCUUUCGAAUGCUCAGAGUGUGGAAAGAAAUUCAGUCAGAGUGGCCAUCUUCAACUGCAUCAACAAACUCACACAGGGGAGAAACCUUAUGAAUGCUCAGAGUGUGGGAAGAAAUUCAGUUGGAGUGGCACUCUUCAACAGCAUCAGAGGACUCACACAGGGGAGAAACCUUUUGAAUGCUCAGAGUGUGGAAAGAAAUUCAGUAGCAAUGGCAAUCUUCGGCAGCAUCAAAGAACCCACACGGGGGAGAAACCUUUUGAAUGCUCUGAGUGUGGAAAGAGAUUCAGUCAAAGUGGUAGUCUUCUGCUCCACAGAAGAACCCACACUGGUGAGAAACCUUUUAAGUGCUCAGUCUGUGGAAAGAGAUUUUGUUGGGGUAGCGGUCUUCAGCAGCAUCAAAGAACUCACACAGAGGAGAAACCUCUUGAGUGCUCAGACAAUACAAAGCCUUGA